GCGCGCGCUCCGCCCGCCCCGGAGCCUCGCCCUCCGCCACGAUGAGCAAAUGAGCGCGAGCGAGGGCAUGAAAUUUAAAUUCCACUCAGGGGAGAAAGUGCUGUGCUUCGAGCCUGACCCCACCAAGGCGCGAGUGCUGUACGAUGCCAAGAUUGUCGAUGUUAUUGUUGGGAAAGACGAAAAAGGCAGAAAGAUCCCAGAAUAUCUGAUCCAUUUUAAUGGUUGGAACAGAAGCUGGGAUAGAUGGGCAGCUGAAGAUCAUGUCCUUCGUGACACCGAUGAAAAUCGGAGAUUACAGCGUAAAUUGGCAAGAAAAGCUGUAGCUCGCCUGAGAAGCACAGGAAGAAAGAAGAAGCGUUGCAGGUUGCCUGGUGUUGACUCUGUCUUAAAAAGCCUCCCUGUUGAAGAAAAAGAUGAAAAUGAUGAAAACUCAAUAAGCAGUUCCUCUGAUGACAGUAGUGAAGAAAAGGAUGAAGAAAUAAGUGAAGAAAGUGAUAUUGAAGAAAAGACGGAAGUGAAGGAAGAACCGGAGCUGCACACAAAAAGGGAAAUGGAAGAAAGAACAAUAACUAUAGAAAUUCCUGAAGUUCUGAAAAAGAAGCUUGAGGAUGAUUGUUACUAUAUCAACAGGAGGAAACGGUUAGUGAAACUUCCAUGCCAGACCAACAUCAUAACUAUUUUGGAAUCCUACGUGAAGCAUUUUGCUAUCAAUGCAGCCUUUUCAGCCAAUGAGAGGCCUCGUCACCAUCAUGCUAUGCCACAUGCCAAUAUGAAUGUGCAUUAUAUCCCAGCAGAAAAGAAUGUUGACCUUUGUAAGGAGAUGGUGGAUGGAUUAAGAAUAACCUUUGAUUACACACUCCCACUGGUUUUACUCUAUCCAUAUGAACAAGUUCAGUAUAAAAAGGUGACUUCAUCCAAGUUUUUUCUUCCAAUUAAGGAAAGUGCCACAAACACUAACAGGAACCAAGAGGAGCUCUCUCCAAGCCCACCUUUGUUGAAUCCAUCCACACCGCAGUCCACGGAGAGUCAGCCCACCACAGGUGAACCAGCCACCCCCAAAAGGCGCAAAGCUGAACCAGAAGCCUUGCAGUCUCUGAGGCGGUCCACACGGCACUCUGCCAACUGUGACAGGCUGUCUGAGAGCAGCGCCUCGCCUCAGCCCAAGCGCCGGCAACAGGACACGUCCGCCAGCAUGCCAAAGCUGUUCCUGCACCUGGAAAAAAAGACACCUGUGCAUAGCAGAUCAUCCUCACCAGUUCCUCUGACCCCUAGCAAGGAAGGGAGUACAGUGUUUGCUGGCUUUGAAGGCAGAAGAACUAAUGAAAUAAAUGAGGUCCUCUCCUGGAAACUUGUACCCGACAGUUACCCCCCAGGUGACCAGCUGCCUCCACCCUCUUACAUUUAUGGGGCACAACACUUGCUACGAUUGUUUGUGAAACUUCCAGAAAUCCUUGGAAAGAUGUCCUUUUCUGAGAAGAAUCUGAAGGCUUUACUGAAGCACUUUGAUCUCUUUCUUAGGUUUUUGGCAGAGUAUCAUGAUGACUUCUUUCCAGAGUCGGCCUAUGUUGCUGCCUGUGAGGCGCACUAUAGCACCAAGAACCCCAGGGCGAUUUAUUGAAGUUUUGAUGGUUCUAGAAGAACAGCUUCUCUGUCUAGCUCUGUGCUCUAGGUUCCCAUUGAAGAUCUAGGGAGAUGGGGGACCUUCUUUCAGAGCUGACACAACACCCACCCUUGGGGGCUCUGGCAGAGGUGGGCCCAUUUGUUUGAGUUGCUUACAUACUGUAGUUAUUUCUGUUAAGGUUUAUUUCCUAGGUGCCUGACCAGCCUCCAGCAUGAGACCCUUGCCACUGUUCAUGUCAUCUGUGACAGCAGGAAAAGAACAGCUGUGUUCACAGUGAAGCGUUAAUAAGAGCAUGUGUAGGUCAGGCUGUUUCAGUAGCUGUUGGAAUUAAUUUGUUAGCAAUAACCACGUUUUUUAGUUAUUUGUUAGCAUUAAGCAAAAUUGUUUUCCAAAUUGUUUUCAUUCUUGUGAUGAGGCUCAGCGAGUCUGUCCAACAAAUUUUAGUUUUGCUUGGAAAUCACAAAGUAGUCCCAAAAUAUUUUAGAGGGAAUUGAUAUCGAUGGCAAAAGAAAAUUUGCAGUCACACAUUUGCUUGUUACAGUUCCUUUUCUCCAAAACCUUAUUUUUGGUAAUCUAAAUAAAGUGUUGCCUCUCUUGUUUGAGAUUUUACAGCUAUACUUUGUUGUAUAAUGUUAUGGUUCCCUUUCUGUAAAACCUUAUUUUUGGUGAUCUAAAUAAAGUGUUGCCCAUCUUGUUGCAAAGAACCAGGAGUUUUCA